AGUUGGCGCUAAAUCACAAGAUGGGGCAGUAUAGUUUGGUUUGCUCGACCCUACUUUGUAUGUUGUUCAUAUGUUUCGCCUGUAAGGAGUGUGGUGGUAGUUGUAAUAAAUACGUCGGUCCAUCGGGAUCAGUGGAUUGUUUUAAGAUUCCCAGAUACACAAAGUAUCAGUGGGGAACGUGUUUGACUGAUAGCUACAUUCAGCAAAAAUCAGGCGGUAGACACAGAUGUGAAGACCCCACUGCCACGUACUGCUACUACCAAUGUAUGCUUGAAACUCAUGGUCAAGGGAGGGGCUCCGUCUCCCAAGAUUGUCAGUGCAAUCCUGAUGAAACCGAGGUGACCAGAACCACAGUGUCGCCCACCACGUUGGUACCAGAGUGGUGCCUCAGUCCUGACGGAAGCGACUGCUCGUGGUACAGAUCGUGUUUGGAGGAGGCCUACCCGUGUGAAGGAUCCCAAAACGCUUACGCCGUCUCCUACGCUGAGAAAUUUUGUCUUCUGUACGACAAAUCCUCAACCAGUUUUAGUGACAUUGGUCAGGAGUGGAUAAACGCAGUGAGAAAAUGUCUCCAGGUUUCACUCGUCCCUCUACUGCGGCCGUGGGAGAAGCCGUCGUGUCAAGAAAUCAAGGUCCGCGCUUUUGCCUCACACUCCAAAUGUUAUCUCACCCCUUACAGUGGAGCACCAUCAAUAUGCAACUUGACAGUUGGUGAUUGGUGGAAGGUCUUUUGGACCAUCAAAAAUGCAUUUGUUGAAGCUACAUCCGCCACACUGAACGGAAUGAUGAAAACAAUAUUGGGGUGUGGCAAAUCGUACUUGGACCGACCAUUUGACUAUAUUAGAGUGAUCAAGUUGAAGCUCACGACCACUAUCAGAAGGAUAGGAAGAUCUGUUGGCGACAAUUCUGGGGAUGAGCGUGUUGGCGAGAUAGCAGACUCCAUUGCGACCGGUUUAAAUUGGAAAUCAAAGGGUGUUGGGUGGUUUGCGUUCUCGCAGAACAACUCACUUUCUCUAGAUAAAACACACGUGACCAUGACCAUAAUACUGGCAGACAAGUUCCACCUGGAUGUCCACCACCCCGCCACGAGCAGCGUCAACUUGAAUGAGACGGUUGAUGUGUUAGCAGACGCAGUCAGACAUGGAACGCUCAAGAUUCGAGUUCGUGGAGGAUCUCAGACAGGUCACAUCCAGAUGUUGGCCUGUAAAGGUGUCAUGUGUAAGGAAGUCUACAAUAAGGUCACCGGAAGCUACACGAAUGGGUCCGGGCCUGCUGUGGGUGUUCAUGGCCUUGCUGUAGUCAUGGUAACCCUACAGCUGAUGUUCGCCUCCUUUAGACUGUUUGGUAUUGACUAACGUUCACUUUAACGCUGUGAGACACGCCUACCUAUUUACAAACACGAAUUCUAGUGGAGAGGAAGGAGUGGCGUUAGACUCCAUGCUAGAAUGUAUAACCAGUAAAACACAUUGUUAGAAAUACGCAACUGGCAAUCAUACCACAUGCCUGAUCAUUUUGAGUGAAUCUCACAGAGUUAAAACUAAUGUGUUCGUUACAUUAUAGACUAGUAUUCAUAUUUUUGUCUUUGUCGUAUUCACGAAAUCAGUUUAGCGAUGCACUCAAAUAGAGCAGUAAUGCACAUAAUUAUUGUUGUACCUUGACACGCCGCUUUCUCCUUCGAUGUCGCAUGCGCUGUAACUAGGAUACCACUUUGGGACGUCACUGUUGUAGGAGACAUGGCAUAAAAAGCGUGCAUGUUAACCAUCGUCAGGGCCGUAGCUAGCGGGGGGGGGGGGGGG